CUCAUAUUUAAAGAAAUAAGGAAUUCAUCAAUGUCAAAUCGCGUCCAUAAACUCAUUUAUUGGAGCUCCUCGUUUCCUCUCUCGCAUAUGAUCGUGUCAGCUGCAUACGUGGUUUACGGCUUUCCACAUGUGUCGGAUUAUACAUAUACGUGUGUGUGGUGACAAGAUGAGCAACGUGAACGAAACGUCGAAUGAACCGAUACUGUAUGAAUUAUUAGAAUAUUUCGUUCGUAAGCAAGAACCGGAAUUAAUAAAAUGCAAAAACGAUGCGGUUAUCCUCCCAACUACUGGCACAAUAAAAAAUGCUCUGAGAUAUCUAAACAACAGGUAUUCUGUACCUGCGAGUAUUUCACAGCAGGUCAGUCUUACCCUACCAUGGAAAUUUGCUGUUGGAGAUCACGGUCGAGUACUUGCGAUUUUACAAGAAAACAUCAUCGAGAUACGAAAAGCCAAAGAUGAAUAUUCCUCCAUAGUAGGCAAGGCAUCGGCUCCAAAAGAUGCUUUUCCUCAAUGGCGUAAACUUGCAUGGAGUCCAGAUGGAAUGAUUUUAGUAUUGGCAUCUAGUAGUGGUUAUACAUCCUUUUACAGUGCUCUAGGCAAUAACAUUUUUAAUAUAAGUCCAAAAACAAUUUCGCAAAACCCUCAUAUUCUUGAGGUUGGUGAUGCUAUAGCAUCCAUGCUGUUCCUUAAACCAAGGACAACGAAUGAGAAAUGGGCCUAUGAAUUUAUUUUAAUUUCGUAUAGUGGAUUGCUUAGGUCUUACCAUAUUUCUACAAGUGGCUUUAGUGCAAAUUAUGACUUUUCCUUUGGUAAUUUUUACAAAAAUGGUAUUAAUGUUGUUGCCUAUGAUCAAAAUCGUAACUUAUUUUAUGUUGCUGGAAAUAUGAUAACAAAAAAAUUAACGUCUACUGCAUCAGAAUCUGGAUUAACUUCAUGGCGACUCUUGGAUGAUGACCCAUAUUGUACAUUAUCAUUUUCAUCUGAAUAUUCUGCUGUCAGCAAUUCACGAUUUUCUAUAUGGAAUUUAAUUCCUAGCUUUACCUUUCAAUCAGAGUCUAUUAUAUUUUCGAUAAAAAUUUCUCCGAAUGGUCAAUUUUUGGUAUGCUUACAUACGGAUGGUUCGGUCUCAUUGUGGGGUUUACCAAAUUUAAUAUUACAAAAGAAAUGGAAAUUGUGUGAGCAACCAGAAUAUAAUAUACCUAAUCCUUUGGGGAUUACAAAAUCUAAAAAGUUUCCAUCAGGAUUUACAGAAUUUCAUCCAAUAGAUAUUGGUUGGUGGUCAGAUCAGGCUAUCAUAAUAGCUCGAUAUUCAGGUUCUACUUCAGUCUGCUCUACAUGGAACCUAAAAAAUUUAUUAGGCAUUAGUCCAGAGUUUCUAGCAGGACAGCCACAAAUAUGUGAACUUGGUUUAGAGAAAGGAUUUUUAUGUUUAGAUUGUGAAAUAUUUAUUAUAAGUAAAAAACGAAAUAGAGAACCUAAUGAUGGUCAUGAUCAUUUAUCAGAAGCAUCAUCUGAAAGCGAGAGAGACGACGAUGAGUUGGAACCUGUUACUUUAUUAAAUUAUACUACAAAUUUGGUACAAAGCACAUUAUAUUCAAUAACGGAUAUUGAAAGAUUUCAACCAAAGAGGAAAAAGUCGAAAGUAUUACAUCGAACUUAUAGAAUUUUGGGUUUAAAAAGUACGACUCCGGAAGAACUCUAUUCUAGAAAAAUAGACAUUGAGGAAUACGAAGAAGCUUUAGCUUUAGCAAACACAUAUAAUUUGGAUACAGAUCUUGUUUAUCAAACACAAUGGAGAAAAUCAGAAUUAUCUUUAAAUGCUAUUGAAGAACAUUUAAGUAAAAUCAGCAAAAGAUCAUGGGUCUUAAAUGAAUGUGUUGUACGCGUUCCUGACACUAUGGAAGCUGCAAGGGAAAUAUUAAAUUUUGGAUUAAGAGGCGCAAAUUUAGAAACUUUAAUAGCUAUUGAUAUUUGUGAUAAUGACAAAUUUGUAUCUCCUGAUACAGAUAACGAUUGGCAAGCAUUAGAUGAAAUUACUGUAAGUUUAAAACAGGUGCAGAAAACUAACGAAAUGCUUGAAAAAAUAGACAUAAAAAAUUUGUCUGAGGCUCAAAAAGAUUUAAUUAAAUAUCGAAGGAAACUUCUCAGUCAUUUAGAUAAAUUGCUCACUUAUGAAAUUAUAUUAGAGUCUCCACUCAAAUACAAUAAAGACUUUUAUGAGGAGUUUCGUAGAUUAUCAGCUAUUGAAAAUGCAAUCAGAUUUGCUAAAGAUGGCGAUUGCCGAGCUGUUGAAAUUAUGUUUACUUAUUAUGGAGAAAGUUUGCUGCCUCACUGGCUAGCAAUUAUCAGUUUUUUUCCAGAAACUUUAAAGCCAUCAGAUUAUCAAAAAUUGCUGCCAGAAUGUGAUUCAGAAGGUCAACUAUUUUUGUUAGAUCAACGUGAAUUACGACAAAAAGAUUGGUCAGAAAAACAUGAAUUUAAUGAAAUAAUAAGUCUGAAUUCAGAUGAUCGAUCAGAAAUAUUAUAUGAAUUGGAACCUUCUUUGUUAAUAUAUAGAAAUACAAAACUUACACCAAACUUAUUACAAAAAUGGUAUAAAACACGAGCUUAUGAAAUUGAAAAGAAUAGUUCUUUAGUAGAUAAUGCUUUGCAAUUAGUUAAAAUUGGAAAGUCAUAUAAUAUUAAUGGUAUGGAAGAUUUAUUAUUAGAUUUGGAAACGUUAGAUGAUCUCGUGUAUAAAGUAAAUUUAGAAGAUAUGUCAUUAGAUAAAUUAGAGAAGUUGACUAAUGUAGAGAAAAUAAAACUUUUAAUGAGUACAUCAACUGAAACUAACUUUGUUGAAAAUAUAAAGAAUCUUUUAUUGCCUUUUAUUAAACGAAGGCAUCAGUAUAUGGGAGACCUGCAGAGAUGCUUAUUGAGUGAUUAUUUAGUCUGUUUAAGCAAAGACGAUUUGACAUUUCCAGUUAAAUUUUUUAAAUCAGUAAAACAGACCCAAGAUAGUGAAAUAAUCGAAAUGAUAGAUGAUAUGGCUAGUUUAGCUUUAGAUUGUGUAUAUGCUUGUGAUGAUCUUGACAUGUAUGAAAAAGCCAAGAAUAUUCUAGAUUCGAUAUUGAAAGAUUAUAAUGGAAAGAGUUCAAUAUAUAGUUUAUUGGAGCAGUGUGAAGGAGAACUUGAUUGCAUUCGACUUUUAAACAAAUAUGGUGUAAAAACAACGUUAAAAUUUAUACAACAAAAUAAAAACGAUCUCGAUAUCGCAAAAUCAUUGUUAGUUCAAAUGGCAAAGAGUUUGAAUAAAAGUUUAUUGCCUCCAGAUGAAAGGGAAUGGGCACAAUUAUUAAACGAUAUGUUAGAUAUACAUGGAUUAAUUUUUCCAUGUAUUGCUGUUGAAACCUGUUUUGAAAUAUGUGUUUCAGCCCGCUUACUUUCAAGGACUAAAUGUACUAUUCGUAAUUGUGCUACUUUGAUAGAAACCAAGAAAAAUGAGAAAUCUUUGGUAAAGGUAUCCUAUGAGACAGCUAUUGAGCUUAUAUUAGAAGCAUCCAAAGAAUAUUUUAAUGGUUCGAGAACACUUACUGAUCCACAUAUGGAAUUAGCUAAAACUUGCCUUGAUCUUAUCGAAGAUGAUAACAUAAAAAUUAAAGAAGAAUAUGAUCUUAUUAAAUCACUUCAAAUAUUAAAUGAAUUCAAUGUUGAUAUAUUACCUCUUCAAGUUAGAUUAACAGCAGAUAAAUUAACUCUGAUUGAACACUGCUUGAAUAAUCAAAGAGAUGCUUAUAAAAAUCGACAAAGAUUAUUAACAUUAGCAACUUAUUUACGAAUUGAAGGAAAAAAUAGUAGAUUCCGUGAAGGAAAAAUUUCAGAACUAAUAGCUAAAAAGGCACUUGAGAUCGAAGAUUAUACUACAUGCGCUACAAUAUGUAUGCAAUUAGCACAAAACAAUUAUCUUUCUGCCUGGGAAAUUUGUUUAAAUUUGGGAUGUUGUGAUAAUUAUCAAGAUUUAAAAAUUAGGCAAAAGUGUUUAUGGUUUGCGAUAAAUAAUGGUUCCAAUGAUAUAUUGGGUAAUGCUUUAGAGCAUGUACAUUUGUUAGAAAUACAAAUGCUACAUAAAAAUUUGGAAAUGUGGAUGCCCUCUGCUGAAUUUGAAAGCUUAAAAGAUGAAGAAAGUGAUAUAAGCGAAGAUGAUUUUACAGAUGCUAUGACAACGCCACAAGUAGAGGUAAAAGAAUUUGUUCCAAAAAUGUUGAAAACUUCAACAGGAAUUGUGAAAAGCUCAGCUAAUAUUAUGAAAGAAUCUACAUUUAGUUUGAUAAGAAACAUCAGUAAUACUACUUUUUGGAAGUCUAGACUGAAUAUAAACUUUAAAAACGAGUUAGAAACUGAUAUACAACAUGAAUCUGACAUGGAAAAUAAAAAGGAAGAUACAAAUCUUCAAAGUUUUCCAUGCUAUUAUGAAUCCUUGCACAAACUUUGUAGGAUAAGUGUUAAUGAAACAAAAUAUGAUAAGUGUUUUAUGACAGACAUAGAAAAUACCAAAUUAAAAUGCUGUCGAGCUCUUUUAAGAAUAACUAUGUUGAGUGAAUCCGCUUGCUAUGGACUAGAAAUAAGCGAUAUUAAUCAUUUGCUUUUAGAAUGUACAAAAUAUACAUUACCAGACGAUUGGCUACUUGGCAUGGCAUAUUUAUUGAGUUUAAAUAAAGAUCGCAUUUUAGAUGCUCAAGACAUUUUUAUGGAUUUGCCGCAAAUUGAAUUAUACAUACAAACUGCACUCUAUUAUUAUUCAUUAGAAUUGUAUAAGAAAUCAUAUUCUGAUUGCGGAAAAUUGUAUUUAUACAAUCCAUUUGAUUUAAUAAAAACCAUGAUAAUUGCAGCACAAAGUUCCGAAGAAUGUGAUAUUAUUAAAGCAUUGAAAUAUUGGCAAAAUUAUUUAAUUGGUGGAGCACAAAUUAUUAGCAUUAAACAAAUAAAAAUAAAAGAUAUAAAUAUGUUAGAACCAGAACAAAAUAGUAUUCAAAUACAUUUUGAAGAAACUGUAAAAACUUUAGAAUCUGUAAACAAAAAACGAAAAUCUACAGAAUCCAUCGAUGUCGAUAAUAUUCCAUCUUCAAAUUCUAAGACAGAUGAAGAUUUAGAACAUACUGUUAUCUCAGAUAAUAUUGAUGCCAUGGAAUGGACAGACGAUUGGGGUGAUUUUUCCGAUGAUAACAUGGAAGCAAAUAAUGAUAAGAAGAAUAAAAUUAAACUCGAAGGAAUUUCACAAGAAGAAAUCAUUUCUCCUCUUGAUCGUACAAUUGCCGAAUGCAUAACAGAAGAAGAUCGAUUCAAAUUAUUUCAAAAGCAAUUUAAUCAAAUUGAUAAUUUAGAACAAUAUCAGGAAGUAAAAAAAAUGAUAUCACAAUGGCCGAAAUUUAAUAUGUCGGAUCAUAUCACGGUAGAAAACCAUCCAGUUUUAAAAAUGAUGAAAGUAAUAGUUACACUUAUAAAAACAAAUACAACAGAUUUUGAAAAAAGGAUAUUACAAGAACAUGAAGAGCUAAUUGGAUUAUUAACUUCUGAAGAGAUUCUUAAACAAUUCUUGGAGCGUGAACGAGAUCAUAUCAAUUUUCUACAAAGGCUUCACAUCAGAUUAUGCACCCAAGACGUGUCUAUGCAUGAAGAAGCAGUAGAUCUCAUUAGACAACAACAGGCUAUCGUACUACCGCCAUUAGUACUUGAGAAACUCUUUCUAAAUAACUUAACGAUAUCAUUCAUACCAGAUCACGUUGUAUACAAUCAAAUAAUCGAACAUGUCUUUAUAAAUGAAUCCUUAACUGAUAUUGAAGAAAAUGCGAAAAUACUCAUACAUGAGUUGAAGAAACGAAAAUAUAUAUUAGAGGCUUUGCUUAUUAUAAAAUUAAUGAAGAAAAUACCAUCGGCCUUAUGCACAUUUGAUACUUGUUUUGAAUUAUUAAUGCAGGAAUAAAUUUAUUCCGGUUGUAAAAAAUGCUGUGAUGUAUAUUGAAAAUAAGGAAAAGUUACAAAAAAGGUAGCUAUCAUAAAUAAUAUAUUUUAUUUUAUAUAAAAACUUUUAGAUGUGCGGAUGGUCUAGAAUUUAAAGUUGCUUCUAUUGUAAGUUCAAUGUAUUUCAUUGUAACAAAAAAUGUAAAUUAGACUGAAACAAUUUUAAAUC